GACAAAUACAGAGCAGACUGGAUUAAAUUAGUCCAGGCCAGAAAUAACCGAACAAGCAGGAGCUUACUAACCAGGGGUACAGACAGCCAGCAACAGGGUUGAUUCAACAACUGGACUCUAUUUAAACAAAAAAUCAUAAAAACACAAGUAAUUGGACUUAAUCCCAAUAAGAAGUGCAUCAGUAGUGACUUUUAGCAAAACUUUAAAAAGUUUUACAAAGUUUGUAAAACUUUAGUGAGGAUUACUUGGGGAUUACUUUAAAGAAAUACAGGAACAAACUACAUCCGGAUUCACCGAUUCAAGGUACUGUGUUACACAUACUGUAUUUACAAAAAGGAAAUUGUCAAAAAUUUGGCACAUCCUACGCAUAAAUCCUGAAAAGAAAACCACAGUCCACACAAAUUGUGUUGACUGAUUAAUCAUUAAUAAUACGAAACUACGGUCGUUGAAAUACCCCCUAGCUCAAUAUGUAUGAGGAUUUCGAAAACGAGGACGAAGAAGAAGAGAUGCCGGCGACAGAGAGAGAAUUAGCUGACGAUGCUCAGUGGAAAUUAAUCCAGAAAAACACCUUUUCAAGAUGGGCUAACGAGCAUUUGAAGACUGUCAACAAGUACCUGGCGGACUUGGAGACAGAUCUGAGCGAUGGGUUGCGUUUACUCGCCCUGGUCGAGGUCCUUUCGGGAAAAAAAUUCAAGCACAUCAACAAACGUCCAAACUUCAGAACCCAAAAACUUGAAAAUGUCACCAUGGCUUUGAGGUUCCUUGAAGAAGAUGAGGGGAUCAGAAUUGUCAACAUAGACAGUACAGAUAUUGUAGACCACAAACUGAAGCUUAUCCUGGGUCUGAUCUGGACCCUCAUUCUUCACUAUUCCAUCUCUAUGCCAAUGUGGGAGGGUGAGGAAGAACCAACCGAACCCAAAGAUAAACAAACUCCCAAACAGAAACUACUUCAAUGGAUUAACCAAAAGAUUCCUGAUAGACCAGUUAAGAACUUUACUACAGAUUGGAAUGAUGGCAAAGCUAUCGGUGCCCUCGUUGAUGCAAUUGCACCAGGUUUGUGUCCUGAUUGGGAUGACUGGGAUCCCAAGAAGGCCAAGAAUAAUGCUAAAGAAGCUAUGGAUGCUGCUGAACAAUGGCUGGAUGUACCCCAGCUUAUUAAACCUGAAGAGAUGGUCAACCCAAAAGUGGACGACUUGAGCAUGAUGACGUAUUUAUCGCAGUACCCUCAAGCCAAGCUGAAACCCGGGGCACCAUUAAGACCCCGCACUAACCCUAAUAGAGCUCAUGCUUAUGGUCCAGGUAUUGAGCCCAGUGGCAACAGUGUUGGGGCACCAGCCAGGUUCACUGUGGAGACAUUCAGUGCUGGUCGUGGAGAAGUACAGAUCACUGUUCUCAACCCUAAAGGACAACAAGAGACAUGUGAAGUUGUUUUCAACAAUGACAGAAACCUUACAUACUCUUGUGUCUACACACCAACCAUGGAAGGAAAAUAUCGCGUCAUUGUGAAAUUUGCCAACAAGGAAAUCCCCAAAUCUCCAUUCCAAGUAAAUGUGGAAGGAGCUGCUGGCGAUGCCUCUAAAGUCACUGCAGCUGGGCCAGGUUUGGAGAAGACUGGUGUACAAGUCAAGAAGAGGACUUACUUCGAAGUAUUUAUCAAAGGUGCUGGUAAAGGUUCAGUUGAGGUUGUGAUUCUCGACCCACAUGGCCACAAGGACAGCAUUAAGCCACACAUUGUACAGAAGUCUGAGGAGGUUUACUAUGUAGAGUACACCCCCAAGGAGGAAGGUCUUCACUCUGUGAAUAUCUUCUUUGCUGGCAAACCAAUCCCCAACAGCCCAUAUGGAGUUGGUGUUGCACCAGCUGUCGACCCCAAGAAGUGCUAUGCCACUGGGCGUGGAAUCCAGCCCAAGGGUAUCAGAGUGCGUGACAUUGCUGACUUCAAGGUUCACACCAAAGGAGCUGGCAAAGCUGAACUCGAAGUUUCAGUUAUCGGACCAGGUGGCACCGAGGAAAAGGUCAAGGUCAAACAGAUUGAUGCUGACACCUAUGAGUGUUCAUACACACCAACCAGACCUGGUAACUAUGUGGUCAACAUCACAUACGGAGGUCAUCACAUCACUAAGAGUCCAUUCAAGGUUGAGGUGAAACAAUACAUGGUAUCUAGAAUCAGAGCCUUCGGACCUGGUCUAGAGGGCGGCACUGUAGGAUACCCUGCAAACUUUGUCGUGGAGACUAAUGGCGAAACUGGUGCUCUAGGCUUCUCUAUUGAGGGACCUUCCCAAGCAAAGAUAGACUGCAAAGACAACGGUGAUGGCUCAGCUGAUAUUACAUACUGGCCAACUGUACCUGGGGAGUAUGCUGUACACAUCCUCUGUAAUGAGGAAGAUAUCCCCAACAGUCCAUAUAUGGCAGAAAUUCAACCCGCCACCAAUGAUUAUGACCCAACCAAGGUUAUCGCAAAGGGACCAGGCUUGGAAAAAACCGGUGUGCAGGCUAACAAACCUGCCACUUUCACUGUGGAUGCUCGUGCAGCAGGACGUGCCCCAUUGACUAUCACUAUCCUUGAUGUAGACUACAACCCAAUUGAGUGCACCGUGAAGGACAAUGGAAAUGGCACCUACAACUGCCAGUACAUCCCUAAACGUAACGUCAAACACACUGUGUCUGUUGCAUGGGGAGGCUGCAGCGUACCCAACUCACCAUUCAGAGUGUAUGUACAAGAGCCUACCAACCCUGCAGCAGUGAAGGUCUAUGGACCUGGAGUAGAGAAGGGAGUUAAGACCUUCACCUCAACCUACUUCAUUGUUGACUGCAAGCAGGCAGGACCAGGAGAUGUUGCAAUCGCACUUGUUGAUGAGAAAGGACUUGAUGUACCAGUCAAGACCACUGACAAUGGCGAUGGUACAUUCAAGAUCGAAUACGAGCCCAAGACUGUGGGAACAUACCAGGCCAGUGUUUACUUUGCUGAACAGGCUAUCCCCAAGAGUCCAAUCAAAAUCAAUGUUGAGCCUAGCAUUGAUGUCAGCAAAGUCCGUGUUGAGGGACUUGAGCCUAGCGUCUUCCUGGAGUCUACCACUGACUUCACAGUUGAUGCCAAGUCUGUGACCCCAACUGGGGAGGGUAAGGUGCGAGCCAUCAUUACCAACCCCUCAGGAUCCAAGAUGGAAGCCAUCACCAAUAACAACGAAGAUGGCACAUACAAAGUCAGCUAUACACCAUUUGAACAAGGGCCUCACAAGAUUGAUGUCACAUACGAGGGUAUCCCUGUUCCAAAGAGUCCCUUCGCUGUGGGAGUUGUCCCCGGCUGCGACCCAACCCGUGUCAAGGCUUAUGGACCCGGCCUCAAUGGAGGAAUUACCCACAAGCCCCAGCAGUUCACUGUUGAGACAAGAGGUGCCGGACAGGGAGGACUUGGACUCGCCAUCGAGGGUCCAUCUGAGGCAAAGAUGACUUGCAAGGACAACAGAGAUGGCAGCUGCACUGUUGAAUACUUGCCCGUCAAGAAGGGAGAUUAUGACAUUAGCGUCAAAUUCGCAGAUGAACAUAUUCCAGGAUCCCCCUACAUGGUUCACGUCAUGGAUGAAAUCAACCCAUCCAAGGUAAAGGCCACAGGACCUGGUCUUGACCCCAAGGGUGUACGUCGUGGUCAACCUGCUGUCUUCAAUGUGGAUGCUUCUGAAGCAGGAGAAGCUCCACUUGAUGUCUCAUACACUGACCAACUUGGCAUUCAGAGACCAGCAGAGAUUGUCCCCAAGGGUGAGGCUCUUUAUGAUGUGGCUUACUACCCAGAUGUGGAGGGACCAUGCAAGGUCGAUGUUUCCUACAACAACCAAGCUAUCCCAGGAAGUCCAUUCAAGACCAAUGUGCUCCCAGCUCACGAUGCCAGCAAGGUCAAGGUCACUGGACCAGGAGUUGACCCUAAGGGAGUCCUCGCCUCCAUGCCAGUUGCCUUCCUUAUUGAUACCAGAGAAGCUGGUAUUGCUGACCUUGAGGUCGCCAUUGAGAGACCAGAUGGCACCCUUGUUAGGCCCAACAUUGUGGACAAUGGAGAUGGUACAUACACUGUACAGUACACACCAGAGGAUAUUGGACAGUACACUGUCAAGGUCAAGUUUGGAGGCACUGAGGUGCCAGGCUCUUCAUUUAAAGUCAACAGUUCACCAACUGGAGAUGCCAGCAAAUGUGUUAUCACUGAUGGUCUUCGUACAACUGUCCCAGUCGGAGAGGAGUGUGUGAUCAACAUCAAUGCUGCUAACGCAGGCACAGGUAACAUCACCUGCCGCAUUCAAACCUCAACAGGAAGUGAUGUUGAUAUUGACAUCAUCGAUAAUGGUGACGGCACAUUCAGCAUUAACUUUACACCACAGAUGGUCGGUGCUUACACCAUCAGCAUUAAAUUCGGUGGUCAGCCAAUCCCCAAUGGCGAAUACACCAUGGAGGCAGUUGAUCCUGCAGAAUACCAAAGAUGGCUGGAGGAGCAAGAACGGUUGCGAAGAUUGGAAGAAGAAAGAUUGGCUGGAGAAGAACUCGUACAAGCUGAUACCGUUGACUCACUGCAAUCCGCCCCAGGCACAUUCAACCCUGUAGACUUCUGUAUACCAGUAGGACCCAUAUUCAACUUUGUCACUGCUGAAGUAGUGAUGCCCUCUGGCAAGAUAGCCUUCCCCAAGAUUGAGGACAAUAAAGAUGGCACUGUAACUUGUCGCUACACACCAUCUGAGGUUGGGCUCCACUACCUACAUGUCAAAUACAAUGACCAGGAAAUACCAGGCUCCCCCUUCCAGUUCCACGUGGACUCUGUCAACAGUGGCUUCGUGACUGCAUAUGGCCCAGGUUUGAGCCAUGGUAUUGCUGGAGAGCCUUGCAACUUCACCAUAGUAACAAAGGAUGCUGGCGCAGGUGGCCUUGCCUUGGCUGUAGAGGGACCCUCAAAGGCAGAGAUCACAUGCCAAGACAACAAAGAUGGCACAUGCAGCGUCACAUACUUCCCAAUGGCACCUGGAGAGUACAAAAUCAUUGUUAAGUUUGCCGAUAAGCACAUCAAGGGAUCACCAUUUACUGCUAAGAUUUCUGGAGAUAGUGGCCGCAAGGCUCAGCUCUCUGUUGGAAGCAGCAGUGAGAUAUCUCUUAAGGUUAAGGAGACUGAUAUCAGUAACCUAACUGCAACAAUCAAGAGUCCAUCUGGUGCUGAAGAACCAUGCUUGUUGAAGAGACUAGCCAAUGGACACUUAGGAAUCUCAUUUACUCCACGUGAGGUUGGGGAGCAUUUAGUUAAUGUUUUCCGUGAUGGAAAACACAUACCAAACAGCCCCUUCAAGAUCUACGUUGGCGAGAGUGAGAUUGGCAAUGCCAGCAAAGUAAAGGUCUAUGGAAAGGGUAUUGAAGAAGGCAUGGCAAACCAGCUGAAUGAAUUUACAGUCAACACUAAAGAUGCUGGCUAUGGAGGACUUAGUCUCUCUAUUGAAGGUCCCAGCAAAGCUGAUAUUGAGUGCCAUGAUAAUGAGGAUGGCUCUUGCCGUGUCACAUACAAACCAACAGAACCAGGAACAUACAUUAUCAACGUCAAAUUUGCUGAUGAGCAUGUCCCAGGAAGUCCCUUCAUUGUAAAGAUCGGAGGUGAACCAAGCAGCAAAGUCACAGAGAAAAUCACCCGUCAACGAGAUCUUGUAGAUGUCACUAGUGUAGGAUCACAAUGUGAACUUAGCCUUAAAAUCCCAGGCACUAGUCCAUUUGAUAUGGAAGCUGCAGUAACCAGCCCAUCAGGUGUCACCGAAUUGUGUGAGAUCAACGACCUCGGGGAUUGCCACUACAGUAUCAAAUUCGUACCCAAAGAGAUGGGCAUCCACACAGUCAGUGUGAAACACAGGGGUAUGCACAUCCCUGGCAGUCCCUUCCAGUUCACUGUGGGCCCUAUUACUGAGGGAGGCGCACACAAGGUCCGUGCUGCUGGACCUGGUUUAGAAAAGGGAGAGGUUGAUCAACCAAAUGAGUUCAAUAUCUACACAAGGGAAGCAGGUGCCGGAGGUCUUUCUAUAGCAGUUGAGGGACCAUCAAAGGCUGAAAUCAACUUUGAAGAUCGUAAAGAUGGCUCUUGCGGAGUAAACUACAAAUGUACCGAGCCAGGCGAAUAUCUCGUAUCUGUGAAAUUCAACGAUCAACACAUCCCAGAUUCACCAUUUAGAGUGUUCAUUAGUCCAUCUGUAACAGAUGCUAGGAAACUGACUGUUAGUCAAUUACAAGAUAAGGGAUUACAGAUUGGCAAGCCAGCUGCAUUCACAGUAGAAACCAAUGGUGCUCUAGGUAAACUCGAUGCUCGAAUCGUCGCACCCUCUGGCGCAGAAGACGAAGCUGUUGUUCAAGAAAUUGACGAGGGUCACUACGCUGUUAGAUUCAUCCCACGUGAAAAUGGAAUCCAUUAUGUUCACGUGCGAUUCAAUGGUGCUCAUAUACCAGGCAGUCCAUUCAGAGUGCUUGUAGGCAAAACUGAUGCAGACCCUGGACUUGUACAUGCAUAUGGUGAAGGAUUGAUCAAGGGAGAAACUGGCAAGAAGGCCAAGUUUAUUGUAAACACAGUAAAUGCUGGAUCCGGUGCCCUCUCAGUGACUAUUGAUGGGCCAUCUAAGGUUCAGCUCAACUGCAAAGAAAUUGAUGAGGGAUAUGAAUUCAGCUAUACUCCCACCGCUCCUGGAGAAUACCUCAUUUCUGUCCGCUAUGCUGGCAACAUUCAUAUCGCUGGUAGUCCCUUCAAGGCUAUCGUGACAGGAAGUGGACGUGUCUCUGGCCUUCAUGAACACUCUGCAGUUGUCGUGGAAACUGUAACCAAGUCAAGUACCACACAACAAUUCUCUAGUAUGGCAAGGUUUGACUCUGAUGCCAGCAAGGUCAUUGCUAAGGGUACAGGCUUGAAUAGGGCAAAUGUGAACAAAACUGAAACUUUCUCUAUUGAUGGGUCUAAAGCAGGCAGGAACAUGUUGAUGGUUGGUAUCAUGGGACCAACAAUCCCAUGUGAGGAGAUCAAGAUAACUCAUACAGGAAAUCUGAACUAUACUGUUAACUACAGCGUGAAAGAACGUGGCCAAUACGUCUUGGUCGUCAAGUGGGGUGAUGAUCAUAUCCCAGGAUCCCCCUUCCAUUUUGAGGCCCCAUAAUCCUCUGCUUCACUAGCAGACGAUUUGUAGGAUAAUAUUCAAAUUUUAUAUUACGUCUCAAACCUUGAGGGUUGGAUUUAUAAUUCAUGAUGCUUUAACAAUGCUGUUACUUCCAUAUUGGACAAGCUGAAGAAUAGAGAUAUUGAGUUGUGUAUAAAUGCCAGAUUUGGAAAAAGAAAUCAAUCAGAUACGAUGUGUAAAUUUCGGAAUCUAUAAUGGAAGAUGGAAAAAGAAACCAUUCAGAGAGAGAAUUGAAUGAGACUGUGCAAUGACAUUGUUAAAAAUUGUUGCGCAAUACGCAUACCGACACUGCCAGCAUAAUAUUUGCAUGUUGCAUUAUGUUUAAUAUUAUCAAAUUAAUUUUAAAACUCGUACACACAUGCAUGUCACUUUGACGAGACCUGAGAAUGAGCGAAUAAUUCUCCGAGAUGAUAGACAAAUUGAACUGUGAUUGUCAGAUUGUUAAAAGAUUAUUUUUUGAAAUAGUAUUGUCUAGUCACAAACCAUGUCAUAUGUAAUGAUUCAAGUAUAGUCUAGGCUACCAAUCAACUGCUGUUAUGAUCUAGGCUAUCAUCCAUACUUAAGAUUGAUGCUUUUACUUUAAAUUGUGUAAUGACACACAACUGAUAUGAAAUUUAAUAAGGAUUAAAUAGACGAUUCAUUAUGUACUUACAUGCAUGUUAUUCUGUUUUAAAUAUAAACAGAAGAAAAUUUAUGGUUUUCAAUCAUGAUCAGUUUUCAGAACAUAUGCAAAGGUUUAAUAUCACAUAUUUUCAAUCAUCCAAAAGUUCUUUCAUAUUGUCAUAUUUUUUAUCAUAUGUACAUUAAAUGUUAAAUACGUAUGUAUAGAAUAUACACCUUACAUAGCUAGAUAUUUUGUAUGUCAUAACAUGAUACGAAGCAAUAAUUAUAAGAAGUACUUUAUAUUAACCCCUUUAUUGCCAAUGUUUUUAUCGUUAUUUGGCAAUAAAAGGGUUAAAAAUGGCUGUAAGCGCGUAGAGGUGUAGUACCAAAUUAUUGAAUGUUUCAUUUUUGGAAGACCUUGUGAUCUGUAGAUUCAGUUUAGUUUAAGAGGAUCAGAGAAAUGUUUUAGUUGACUUUCCAAAUUGGUUUGGAACUAAAUUGAAUGUUUAUAUACAUGAAACUUAUUAUUUAUAUGUUAGAUAUACUUUAUAUUUCACAAUCAGAAAUUACUGAUGCUAAAAUGGAAGCUUUUAUUGCCUUGUUGCUUGUUGCAACAUAGAAGCAAAUAUCAUGUACUAACCCAAGCAGCCAUGGGAUAUUGCGUAAAUCGGCAAUUUAUCCGCCAGAAAAUUGCCAAUCUAAGCCAAUAUUUUAUGAAAUGGUUUCAAAAUGUUCCUUUGUGUCAAAUUGCGAAACCCAUUGUUUUAAAAUCUUUGAUUAAAAGAAAUAUAAAAUAUACGAAAAAUACAAUUCUGUUGCGGUUUUAGAACAAAGGGUCUAGCUUUUUUUCAGGGAUUGUUUGCUUCUCCCCGCUCACAAUUGUGACAUAAUAAUAGGAAUUACAUGUGUGUAUACCAUGUAUGUUAGCUUUUGCUCUAGCCAACCAUUUAUAUCCACAUAUUUUGUAUGCAACUUAUACAUAUAAUACUAUACAUAUGUAGGGGAACCUAGGAAGAAUUCUGCUAAUAAAAAAUAACAGUUUUGCCAUUAAGUA